AUGAAGAAAGACGACAAGGCGAUAUACUUCCUCCAUCAAUGUGUAAAUUCGAAUGUCUUGGAAAAGAUAAUUAAAUAUGAGACGGCCAAAGAAGCUUGGGAUGUUCUUGCAACCACUUACGUCGGCGAUAGACAAACCAAGAAGGUGAAAUUGAUGGCUUUAAGGCGUCAAUUAGGUCAAUUGCAAAUGGAACCGAAUGAGACAAUAGCGCAAUUCGUGAACAGGUUAACUGUACUAACCAACCAGAUGAAGAGUUGUGGUGAAGCAGUUACUGAUUCAAUGAAGGUUGAAAAGGUUAUCAUGGGUUCUUUAGAAGCUCACGAAUUGAAAUUGAAGAAUAUAGAUGGUGUCAAGAAAGAUGAGAAAGAAACUAAGAAGGCAUUGUUUACACAAUCUCAGAAAAAAGGAAGUGGUAGUAAUGAAUCUUGGAAGAGGAAAGGUAAAGGAAAGUGGAAGAGUAACAAGAAUGAGGGUGCAAAUUCUAAGCAAGAAUCUCAGAAGAAAGGAGGUCAGAGUGAUGGCAAAGGAAAGAAGAAAUCCAAGGAACACAUUCAAUGUUAUAACUAUAAAAAAUGGGGUCACUUUACAGAUGAAUGUGUGAAUUCUAAGGUGCCUAGGAAGAGAAAUGAAGAGGCACAGUUAGCUCAUGACUCAGAUGAAGAAGUUGGUGCAUUAGUGGCAACAAUUGAUGAAGAGGUGAUGAUGUUGAUGACAGUUACUGAAGGUGGUGGAAUAGAAUGGUGGUACUUGGAUACAGGGUGA